AUGACAAAUAUGAAUGAGCAAGUGGAAUUCGCGAAAUUAGCUGGUCAAGCUGAGCGAUAUACUGACAUGGUAAAUGCUAUGAAAAUAGUUGCUGAAUCGAAUAGUGAAUUAACGAUCGAAGAACGCAAUUUGCUUUCGAUUGCUUACAAGAAUGUGAUUGGCACAUAUCGAUCACCUUGGCGAACGAUAUCAAGUAUUGAACAGGAAGCUAAUGGUACUGAACAGCAGCAGGAAUUGACCACGAAAUAUCGACAGAAGAUCGAGAAUGAAUUGAAAGUUGUUUGUCAUGAACUUUUAACAUUAAUUGAUAAACAUCUUAUUCCAAAAGCGACAGCAACUGAAUCACAGGUAUUCUAUUUGAAGAUGAAAGGUGACUGUUAUCGAUACUUAGCUGAAGUUGCUACUGGCAGUGAACGACAAAAGUUGGCGGAAGAAUCGAAACAUACCUAUAAGAAUGGUUUUGAAAUAGCUAUAGAUCAAAUGACAGUAACACAUCCAACUCGUCUUGGUCUUGUUCUAAAUUUUUCAGUUUUUCAUCAUGAAAUCCUUCAUGAAACAGAUGUCGCAUGUCGUAUGGCUAAAGAGGCUUUUGACGCUGCUUUAGCUGGAUUAGAUUACGUUUCUGAAGACUCUUACAAAGACAUUACUCUUAUCAUGCAGCUACUCCGCGAUAAUGUCACUGUGAGUAUUCAUUUAUUUAAUUACUUUUUAUAUAAUCAUUUAUUUUUGAUUAAAUUUCGCCAGAUAUGGACUGGAAAUCAAUCGGAGUUCAACGAUACUGAUCAACCUGAUGAACAAUAA